AUGGGUCGCGGCGCGGACGCGAUCCGAGACGUCGCUCGACGAGGGGCGCGCGCGCUGGAGGGGGCGCAGCGCGCGUCGGCGUCGACGACGACGACGACGACGACCGUGGCGAGGGGCCCCAUCGCCCAUCGUGGGAUCAAAUCGCUCGAUAAGAGCGGGAAGCGCGCGGUGAACGCGAAGGCGAGGUCGAAGACGAACGAAAAGAAUACCACGGCCACGGUGCGGGCGAAUGAUUUCGCGAGACGGGCGAAGGCGUCGCCGGCGGCGGCGACGGUGAGCGCCGCGAAGGAUGUGGCGGUCACGGGCACCGUGUACCCGGUCAAGCCAGAGGGGAACAAGACGUACGCGAACGUCGACGGUCAGCGCAUCGACGACGGGCGAUACACCAAGUUCAAGAAGGAUAUCUUGAGCGUCAUUCCAGAGGACAGAAUUUACACGGACCCGGUGAAGACGUUUGCGUACGGUACGGACGCAUCUUUUUACCGCCUCCUGCCGCAGGCGGUGGUGAAGAUCCACAACGAGGCCGAGGUGAAGAACCUUCUCCCUAUCGCCGCCGAGAACGCGACCCCGGUGACUUUUCGAGCCGCCGGUACGUCGCUCUCCGGUCAGGCUGUGACGGACUCUAUCUUGCUCAAGCUGUCGCACACCGGUAAGAACUUCAGAAAGUACGAGAUCCAUGGCGACGGUAGCGAAAUCACCGUUGAACCGGGUCUCAUUCUCGGCGAGGUCAAUAGAUUGCUCCAAGCGCACAAGGCGAAGCAUGGACACGACGUUCAGUACAAGAUGGGUCCGGAUCCGUCGUCCAUUGACUCGUGCAUGAUUGGCGGCGUCGUCGCCAACAACUCUUCGGGCAUGUGCUGCGGUGUGAAGCAAAACACUUACCACACUCUUAAGGACAUGCGCAUCGUCUUCGUCGACGGCACCGUUCUCGAUACCGCCGACGCGGCAAGCCGCGAAUCGUUCUUGAAGACGCACAAGCACAUCGUCGAAGGAGUGCAAGACAUCGCACGACGCGUGAAUGCGGAUAAGGAUCUCACCGCGCUUAUCCGAAAGAAGUUCGCCAUCAAGUGCACCACUGGUUACUCUAUCAACGCUCUCGUCGAUCACCCAAUCGAUGAUCCGAUUGAAAUCAUCAAGCGUUUGAUGAUCGGUAGCGAAGGAACCUUUGGUUUCGUAAGCCAAGCGACGUACAAGACCGUCGUUGACCACCCGCACAAGGCGAGCGCAUUCAUAGUAUUCAAAGAUGUCGAGGACGCGUGCCGAGCCGCGGCUGUACUUCGCGCCAAGACCAGUGUCGAUGCGGUUGAGCUUUUCGAUCGCGCGUCGCUUACACAGUGUGAAGAUCACGAGAAGAUCAUGAGCCUCGUGCCAACCAUCAAGGACGCACCCAAGUACGGCGCAGCGCUCCUCAUUGAGUGCCGAGGUGCGACGGAUGACGAGUUGAACUCGGGCAUCAGUGCGGUGGAGAAUGCCCUUGAUGGAGCUAACCUUAAGUUCUUGAACGAUCGCGCGACAACGUACCCGUUCAAGAAGGAGGAGGACGUUUACAAGGUGUACUGGGAUGUUCGCAAGGGUCUCAUCCCGAUGGUUGGCUCGUGUCGCGAGGCGGGCACCUCGGUGCUCAUCGAAGACGUCGCGUGCGAGGUUGACAAGCUUGGUGCCAUGACCAAGGACUUGAUCGCCAUGUUCGAGCGCUUCGGCUACGACGAUGCCUCGUGCAUGGGUCACGCCCUUGAGGGUAACUUGCACUUGGUGUUCUCUCAAGGUUUCCGUACUGAUGAGGAAGUCAAAAAGUACUCUGCCAUGAUGCGAGAGAUGUGCGAGAUCGUCGCCGAGAAGUACCAAGGUAGCCUCAAGGCUGAACACGGUACUGGGCGCAACGUCGCGCCGUUCGUCGAGAUGGAAUGGGGCACAAAGGCGUACAACAUCAUGUGGGAGCUCAAGGAACUCUUUGAUCCCGACUACGUACUGAACCCGGGCGUGGUCCUGAACAGAGAUCCGCACGUGCACGAGAAGAACCUCAAGCCGAAGCCUGUUGCUGACCCGAUCGUCGACAUGUGCAUGGAGUGCGGCUUCUGCGAGUCAAAUUGCCCGACUCGUGAUGUCUCGCUCACCCCAAGACAGCGUAUUACUGUUUAUCGCGAGAUCUCCCGUCUCCAAGGCAUCGAGGCUGGCGCGCGUACAAAGGAAGAGCAAGACCGACUUAACGAGUUCUUGGACAUCUUCGCGUACGCUGGUAACAGUACGUGCGCUGCUGACGGCAUGUGCGAGGUGAAGUGCCCGGUUGGCAUCAACACCGGCGAGCUCGUGAAGAGCAUCCGCGCCCGCGAAAUGGAGAGCGCGCGCUCGGCCAAGUCCUUGGCCGGCAUGGUCGCCCGCAACUUCGGUGCCGCGACUGCUUUGGUGCCACCGUUGCUCAACACGGUCUCCAUGGCUCACGGUAUCCUCGGCGAAGGUGUGUUGAAGGGUGUCUCUGGGAUGUUGAACAAGGCGUCGAGCAACAUGAUUCCGGUGUGGAACCCGUACAUGCCGACUGGUGCUCCGAAGCUACCGCCGCCGAUUCCGGCGCGAGCCGAUGCACAGCCGUCGAAGGGUAUCCCACGCAAGGUUGUGUACCUGCCUUCUUGCGUGACCCGUAUGAUGGGACCGGUGAAGGGUGAGGAGGCGAACGGGGGUGUUGCUGACGCGAUGAUGAGCAUCUUGGAUAAGGCCAAGUACGAAGUUGUUUACCCCGAGGGUCUCAAUUCUCAGUGCUGUGGUAUGAUCUUCAACUCGCGAGGCUUGAAGGAUCAAUCCAUCGCCAAGGGUUUCGAUCUCGAGCAAGCGCUUUUGAAGGCGUCUGAAGGCGGCAAGUACCCGAUCAUCGUCGACACGUCCCCGUGCUUGGCGCAGAUCAAGGAGCAACUGGAAAGCCAAGAGCUUCGAUUCGCGCUCUAUGAACCAUCCGAGUUCAUUGCGAAUCAUCUUGUCGACAAGCUCGAGUGGAAGAAGGUGAAGAAGCACAUUGCCGUUCACGUCCCGUGCUCUUCAAAGAAGAUGGGUGUGGAGCAAACUUUCAUGAAGUUGGCGAGCAAGUGCGCCGACGAGGUCUCUGGCUCUGGUAUUCCGUGCUGCGGUAUGGCCGGUGAUCGCGGUAUGCGAUUCCCAGAGAUAACUGACUCAGCUUUGGGUUAUAUGAACCUUCCGAAGGGCUGCACCGAUGGUUACUCCACGUCCCGCACGUGCGAGGUGAACCUUUCGAACCACGCCGACGGUGUACCGUUUAGAGGCCUUGUGUAUUUGAUCGACGAGGCGACAUCGGCGAAGAAUUAA